AGCGCCUCUCCCGGUCCCCUUCUGUCCCCGGUCCUCUGCCCCGGGACGCAGUGGAGCCCGGCGGGCAGCCCCAGCCGCGGCCGUCCCGGGGACGCAGACGCCAAAGCCCCUCCGGCCAGGGCAAGGACCCGGGCCGGCCUAGCCAGCUUUGACAGCCCCAUGGCCCCAGCUGGCCACUGAGCCCCACCAUGGGCAACCUGUACUCAGAGUACCUAAGCCCCAGCAAGGUUCGGGAACACUAUAAUCACACCAAGGAGACGCUGGACACGCGGGAGACGCCCUCCCGCCAGGUGGCCUCAGCCCUCAUCAUCAUCCUCUGCUGCGCCAUCGUGGUGGAGAACCUGCUGGUACUCAUCGCAGUCGCGCGCAACAGCAAGUUCCACUCGGCCAUGUACCUGUUCCUGGGCAACCUGGCUGCCUCAGACCUGCUGGCGGGUGCGGCCUUCAUCGCCAAUACCUUGCUCUCUGGCCGUUUCACGUUCGGGCUGACACCUGUGCAGUGGUUUGCCCGUGAGGGCUCGGCCUUCAUCACGCUCUCUGCCUCUGUCUUCAGCCUCCUGGCCAUAGCCAUCGAGCGGCACGUGGCCAUUGCCAAGGUCAAGCCCUACGGCAGCGACAAGAGCUGCCGCAUGCUGCUGCUCAUCGCGGCCUCGUGGCUCAUCUCGCUGGUUCUCGGCGGGCUGCCCAUCCUGGGCUGGAAUUGCCUGGGCCACCUGGAGGCUUGCUCCACCGUUCUGCCGCUCUACGCCAAGCCCUACGUGCUCUGCGUGGUAAGCAUCUUCUCUGUCAUCUUACUGGCCAUUGUAGCUCUGUACAUCCGCAUCUACUGUGUGGUGCGCUCCAGCCAGGCUGAUGUGGCUGGCCCGCAGACGCUGGCCCUGCUCAAGACAGUCACCUUCGUGCUAGGUGUCUUCAUUGUCUGCUGGCUGCCCGCCUUUAGCAUCCUCCUCCUGGACUAUGCCUGUCCUGUCCGGGCCUGCCCUAUCCUCUACAAGGCCCACUACUUCUUUGCCUUCGCCACCCUCAACUCGCUGCUCAACCCUGUCAUCUACACGUGGCGCAGCCGGGACCUGCGGCGGGAGGUGUUACGGCCGCUGCAGUGCUGGCACCGGGCGGCAGGGGUGCAGGGACGGCGGGACGGGACCCCGGGCCACCGCCUCCUGCCCCUCCGCAGCUCCAGCUCACUGGAGAGGGGCAUGCACAUGCCCACAUCGCCCACAUCUCUGGAGGGCAACACGGUGGUCUGAGGGGCAAGUGGGCCAACAACCAGGCCACAGCAAAGGGCUCUGUGGAGAAGCGCCAGGUGACCUGGGAGAGAGACUUGGGGCUGCCAAGCAAGAUGCCCCCAUUCCAGAGACUUGGGUGAUGUUGAAGAUAUUUCACAUCUGGGACGGCCGACUGAGGCACUGACCAGUUGGAUGGCAGAGCUGUGGCAGGGGCCUGGAGGCCAGCACAGUGGCCGGCGUGACCUCCUCGGAACUGGAUCAUGAGGACAAGGCGGGAGGCUGGGGGGUCCUGGAAAGGGCCCAGGUGACAGCAGACAGGUGCUCAAGAGGAGCACAGCACAGGAGCAAUUUACAACCUGGUACAAAGGAUUUCAGCAUUUCACAACUGUCUGAUCUUCUGCCCUGUGCCAGAGUCACCUCUCAGACUUCACCCCACCUUGCCACCUUCUGGCAACCUCAGGCAACUUCCCUGGAACCACUGUCCUCAGGGGCUGGAGGCCUCCUCUCUGACUGUUCUGGGUAGCCCCGCCUAGCGGUUCCUGGGCACAAAUCCACAGCUUCCCUAAAUUUCACCAGCUGCCACUUUGGCAACUUCUUCCCUUUCUUCCCAUUCUGCUAGAUGCCAGGAAACCACAUAGGGGUGGGAGGCUAAACCCCAUUCUCAGACCUCAUUGGCCAGUUGCACUAUUUGGGGCACAGAGGGAUCGCCAAGGGCUGGAAAAACUGGUCUGGGGGCCUGAGGAGGGCUCUGGGCCUCCCGGUGGGGCAGGGUGGAACUUGAGAAAGUUCUGGAGGAGCUGUUGGUACAGGACCCUCUACCUCCCCCCCAAAAAACAAGCACCCCCAAGCUAACUCCCACCUCCAGCCCCAGCCAAGGUACCAGAUCUCCUAAGGCAGGGCAGCCUUGAGCCCGCUGUGCCUCCUUUCCAAUUGUAUUGAACAGAGCACGGGGGUGAGGAUGCCAAGGACAACUGGGGGAUGCUCUCUUUUAACCUGCUCCAGAAGGACUUUGCUAAAUUCUGUGGAUAGAUGGAAGGGACAUUGCGGUACAAAUGUAUAUUUAUGUGUGUCAGUGUCUGUUCAUGUCUGUGUGUGUGUGUGUGUGUGUGUGUGUGUGUGUGUGUGUGUGUGUUCCCCUCUCCUCACCAUGUUUCCCCAGAAUGGAUGCUUUUUUUGUCUCCUCGUGUCUGUGUUGAAGCUGCCAAAGAGGGGUCUGGCCCUGGACAGACCCCUUUGUGAUUGCUGGCUUAACUCCCCGCUUGAGAGCUGAAGUGCAGCUCACCUUGGGGAGGAAAAACCUCAUGCCUCAAAGUGAUUUCUUGUGACUGCAAAGGCUGGGGGAGGGGGUCUUUGGGGGACAAGGAGCCACUUGAGGGCUUGUCUCCCCUCAUACAGCUCCCCGGAUGCCCCUCAUGCCCGAGACCCAGGCCCAGGCCAAUAAACGGUUCAACUUCUUUUUC